AUGUCGGACGUAGAAGAGAACAACGCCCCCGAGGUCGCCGAGGAGGUUGAAGUUUCCGGAGAUGCCCCCAAGGGCCAGAUGUCCGUUCUGGACGCCCUCAAGGGUGUUCUCAAGCUCGCUCUCAUGCACGACGGUCUCGCCCGCGGUCUCCGAGAAGCCUCCAAGGCUCUUGACCGUCGCCAGGCUCACAUGUGCGUCCUGAACGAGAACUGCGAGGAGGAGGCCUACAAGAAGCUGGUCAUUGCUCUCUGCAAUGAGCACAAGAUUCCUCUCAUCAAGGUUCCCGAUGGCAAGCAGCUCGGCGAGUGGGCCGGUCUUUGCGUUCUGGACCGUGAGGGUAACGCCCGCAAGGUCGUCAACUGCUCUUGCGUUGUCGUUAAGGACUGGGGUGAGGAGUCUCAGGAGCGUUCCAUCAUCCUGAACUACUUCCAGACUUCCCAGUAA